AUGUUGUUGUUUCGAUGUGCGUGUGAUUUACUCACUUUCUACAGUGUCGUAAAUCGCGAAACUUUUUAUGAGAUUUUCUUUUCCGUAGGCCAUCUAUCAAGUGUUGAUGACGACCGCAUAAAGUUUCAUAGUGAUCAGAUAAAUGGCGUAGUAAUGACUGAAACUACAGCUGAACCUGAACCUAAAGUUUAUAUUGAUUAUAUUGUGAUAUCUGUCUGUAUCGCCGUAGCUGUUCUUCCCCAAGUUAUCGGCUGUUUGGUCUACUGGUUUUGCACCAAGAAAAAACAAGCAGCCCCCGAAAAAAAAUUGCUAAAAAAAGAAAUUCAAGCGGAAAAAAAACGGUCAAGUGCUUCCAAACACGGUAAGAGGCAAUCGGAAGAUGAAGACAAGCUGGCUAAAAAGAAGAAAGAAAGGACGAAACGAAGGUUGAAAGAGAAAAAAGUAAUGGAGAAAUAUAAGUUGCUGGACAGUAAUGCAAAACGUUCAAAGAAAAAACUUAAUGCUCCACAUAAAAUAGAUCAUGAAUUCCAACCAAUUCUUUUAAAAUCAAAGUCAGAUUCGACUAUUUCUGAUUUGACUGCUGGAUCCAAGCGUCUUAGGCCUUUUUCCGUUAGAAGUAGCAGUGCAAGUGAAAUUUCCAGUUCAACAUCCAGCAUGAGUGAUUCUUCGAGCGUUGUUUUGCAAAAAGUUGCCGAUAAAGAAAAUGAGAAAAAAGUUAAAAAAAUAAUAAAAAACCAAGAAUUUGCAGGAUCGCUGAAAGUUAAAGAUAAUAUGUUACCAAAAACAUUACAAACAUCCAAAUUCAAAAACAUUGUUCAAUCUGCUCCAACUUUGAAACCAUGUAAAGAAAUUAUUGAUUCAAAAUUAGAACAACCAAGAAAAAAAGUAUCGAGCGCAUUUGAUCAGGCGAAAAUGAAAUUAGUAUCAGAAAAAAAUUUGGAAGAGAAGGAUACAAAAAAUGUUGACAAAUCAUUAAAAAGAAUUACUCCAACAAAUCUUUUAUCACAAAGCCUUCAUCAAAAAGCAUCCCAGGUUUUAAAAAUUCUUAGGAAAAAACAUAGUUUGGUUAAAAAAAAAACUGAUAUGUAUAUAGUGAAAAAUAUUGGAGAUACCAAAGUUCCAAAAUUCGACAGUGAUGGAUUCAAAACUGGAAUUAUAUUGAAAAUUCCCAUAGAUUCAAACGACAAAAUUAAACAAUCAGAAAGCGACAGAUAUAAAACUGAAAUGAUAUUGAGAAGUCCAAUUGAAUUACCUUCUCAAAUUGUACCUCCCGUUGACUCGGAAGAAUUUGAUGCAAAAGUUUUUAAUCAGAGCAAAGUAAAAACUUCUACUGGUUUAACAGAAUCGUUGAAUAAUGGAAAUAUGAGAAAAAAGAGUAGAAGGAGAAGAAGAAGAGCAAGUUCACCAGGUUCAAGUCAAAUUUCAGCAUCGAUUGUUUUGUCAUCAACUAAACCUGAACGAAAUUCUAGUUACAUUUCUGAAAAAAGUUUUAGAGAUUCAGUUUCAAAUUUCAGUGAAAUACCACUGAUCGUAAAAAACAAUGAUUGUGAAAACAAAAUAAUUUUUGGAACUUUAUCUAAAUUUUCUGGCUCCAAACAGAUUUCUAAGCCACAAAGCUCAUCAGCUAAAGCAAAUAAUACCAGAUUACAAAGUUUUGCCGAUUCACGUACAAAUAGUGAAAGCACUGGCAUGAAAUCGUUCAUCGGCAAUGAACUCAGAAUAGGAAUUACAAUGAAUAAUAGUAACAAACUAUCUGAUGGAGGGUUGACUUCAUUGAAAUCUGCAAAAAAUGUUGGCAAGAGUUUAAACAUCGGGUCGAAGCACUACAACAAUCUGUCGAAAACUAGCAGUAAACGGCAUUUCAAUUUGGUGAAAAGCGAAAAGUUGUUGUCAGAAGCCAAACUUUGA